GAAUAAUGGGGAUCCGAAUCUGAGGAAGCAGCGGUGCAGUGCGUUGACGAAGCGGUGAGAGAAAGAGAGAAGGAAGCAACUGGUGAUGGAGGAGAGAGAAGAUUAGGGUGGUCCUGCUUGCGAUUUUCGCCUCUGUGGGUUUCUCCAAAUUCCAGUUUCUUUCAAUCCCUAACGCUUUCUGGAAUUUUGGGGUUGCUUACUCACCAAACCCCAUUUCAUUUGGGAAUCUGCAAGAACUGAUUCGUGCCGACGGUGUCGAAGGGGAAAACCUCGUUGUUUUUGAAACUCUGGGGAUUGGUGUAGUUUGGUUUUGUUAAUUUCGAAGAUGGCGUAUAGGAGGAGACAGCAGGCAACUUCAAGACCUUCGGCAGCAUUUGAAGAAUUUGCAGACGAAGGAAUUCGAAACCCUCCUCCUCCGUCUUCUUUUGAGGCUUUGUCCUCUGAUAUUGACGGCUCAUUUACGUCGUCUCCGUCUUCACUAGCUGCCAAAGCCAUCAGAGCAUCUUCGGCUCGUCGGGACUCUUCCCUCUCCUCUGCUUACCGUCACUCCAACCUCCCCACUGCUCCUCCGGUUGCCCAACCCCCAACUACUUCACCUGUAUCUUCUAAGGAUUCAAGAGUCUACGAAUAUACAUCAAUGAAAACCUUGAAUGAGUCCAAGCAUGGAUUUUGGGGGUCUCUGGCCAGAAAAGCUAAAUCUAUUAUUGAGGACGAACAGGCAACCCUGCAUUCUAAAGCACCUGAGAGGAUGGAGCCACAAAUGCCUGGCGCAGCUUCUGGGGGCAAGUUCCAAAAUUCAAAUAACUCAGACGAGAGCAGUCUCAAAAGGGACAACCCAAAGUUACUUAAGGGAUUCGAUGCCUUAACAUCUUCUCUAAGCAAUAUUGGCAGCACCAUUGGUAAUGCCUUGGAGGAGGGUUUUACAAUUGUGGAGAAUCGGACAUCAGGCAUCAUCCAAGAAACUCGUAAUCAUAUAAAGAAAAAACCUGGCAGCUCUGAGUUACAGAGGCAGGAGGCAAACCCUUCUGCUACACGGCAACACUCCCAAUCACGGACCCAGAAGCAAACAGACCAAGAACUUCAACUGAAGGCAUCUCGCGACCACAAGGUAUGGCAGGUUGCAAUGGCAAUGGCUGCCAAAGCGAAGUUACUUCUUCGGGAGUUGAAGACUGUUAAAGCUGAUUUGGCUUUUGCAAAAGAACGAUGUGCACAGCUGGAGGAAGAAAACAAAAUUCUCCGUGAGAGUCGUGAAAGGGGAGACAACCCGGAAGAUGAUGACAUGAUACGACUUCAACUUGAAACACUAUUGGCUGAAAAAGCUCGUCUGGCCCAUGAAAAUUCUGUUUUUGCCCGGGAGAAUCGCUUUCUGAGGGAAGUUGUUGAAUAUCACCAGCUUACCAUGCAAGAUGUUGUCUACUUUGAUGAGAGCAAUGAGGAGGUGACAGAAGUUAAUCCUCUUAACUUGCCUCCAGGACCUCCUAUACAGCCUGAUGAUUCCAUAGCUUCGUCUGUAACCACACCAUCACUGUCUUCACCCGCUGCCAUCAGCGUCAACGCAGCAAAGAGCACAGAACUGGCCAGAAGCCUCUCGCCUCCUAUUCCAGGGAAGGAGGUAAAGACUUCAGAAUUGACUAGAACCAGGUCGUCAUCUCCAGGAAUGGACCACCCCAAAUGACAUGAAAUGCUCCUGCUUCUUGAAUGGCACUACACUGCUUCUCUAGAUUUGAUGGGAAAUGUUUUGAAUGGUAACAAUAUCACGUUGCUUCCUUUGAUUUGUUAUUAUUUAUUUGUUGGUCCUGUACAUUUCAUGGUCGUCAUCCAUCACCUGUGAUGUGAUAUUACUUUUGUUGUAUAACUUAAAAGCUUUUUGGUUCCUAUUUAUUUCUCAGCGUAAAACUAAAAUCUAAGCUGGUUUCUGUAUAGCGGCAUUGGCCCCAAAAGGGGAAGUUUCUGUAUAGCAGCAAAUUGGUGUCCUGGUUCGGAUGGUUCCAUUCAACUGUUGUCUCUGCAUCAUGUAAUUUGAUCAUGUCUGAUACAGUGAAGUUGUAAGGAAGUUUGUUUCUUUAA